GAAAAUGAGAAAAAAAGGUAUCCAAACUUUCAACGCUUUCAUUAUAUAUUGAGAAAAAAAAAAGCUGAUCGUCUCUAUAUCUCAAAGAGUGCUCGAAGAAAGAUAUCACAUCUCUCUCCUACAAUCUCCACUUCUGCUCUUCAGUUGAUCAAAGGUUGACUUCCACAAUCAACUGGUCAAGCAUUAUUCAUCAUGUCCAUAUUUCGGCAUCGUGGGUCUCGUGGACAACAACACGAACAAGAGGAUCACGAGCUGCAUCCCGAGUCUAAGAUCAACGAGCUUAGAUCAGCUCUUGGUCCGCUCUCGGGGCGCAGUUUACAAUUCUGCACGGAUGCAUGCUUAAAAAGAUAUUUGGAAGCUCGAAAUUGGAAUGUAGAGAAAGCGAAAAAGAUGUUGGAAGAAACACUUUCAUGGAGAUCAACCUACAAACCCGAAGAUAUCCGUUGGCCUGAGAUCGCUGUCGAAGGUGAAACCGGGAAAGUGUUCAGAUCAAACUUUCGUGACCGUAUUGGACGAACUGUUUUGAUAAUGCGACCCGGGCUGCAGAACACAACAGGAAUGGACAACCAGAUAAAACAUCUGGUGUACUUGAUAGAAAACGCGAUCCUUAAUCUUCCAGAAGGGCAGGAAGAAAUGGUGUGGAUGAUAGAUUUCACUGGUUGGUCAUUCAGCACCAAUGUGCCGGUUAAAACAGCCCGAGAAACAAUCAGCAUACUACAGAACCACUAUCCACAAAGGCUAGCCGUAGCGUUUCUCUACAGCCCACCACGUAUUUUUGAAGCAUUUUGGAAGAUUGUCAAGUACUUCUUGGACCCAAAAACGUUCCAGAAGGUGAAGUUUGUGUACCCGAAGAACAAAGAGAGUGUGGAGAUCAUGCAAUCAUGUUUUGAUGUGGAUAAUCUCCCAACCGAGUUUGGCGGGAAGGCGACUAUGAAGUAUGACCAUGAAGAAUUUUCGAGAUUAAUGGUCCUGGAUGAUGUCAAAACCGCUAAAUACUGGGGACUCGACCAAAAGACUAACGGGAAUGCUGCACAAGAGACUGAGCCAUGCUAACCACGGUCUAACUGAGACGCUCGUUUUGAUCUACCUGAAUUUUGCUUAUUCGUUAUAUAUGUGGUCAAGUAUGAUACUUUUACUCUCCUAAUCGAACUACAAAUAUUAUUGAUUUUGUAUUAUAAACUUAAGAGAAGAUAAGUAAUUUUCUACAUUCUUCAUAGCAUA